GAUCAACUCAGUGUGACCGCUAACAGCAUUUACAGGCCAUAAUCCCUCCUAUUGACCAACACAAACAUACCGAAUCAUGGCCUAUUUUCUAUUGCCGGGGUUUGACCUGCAUAGGCCCGCCACGUCCGCUCGACAAAUCAUUCAUGUUCGAUGCAGCCGGCAAGUGGAUUCAAGCCGCGGCUCAGCCGAACAAUCGACAAAAAUCCGUGAUAGAUGCCGCAACAGAGUGUGGGGUUGUUGACUGGGACUCUGGCUUAUGCUGACAUCGACCGAGGCCUAAUAUGCAACCUUUCGGUAAGGGAAUGGAUGGGGUCAAGAUUGGUGGUUUUUGCUAGGUACUCACUUCUACUUGGUAUCUGCCUUCAAUGAUUUAUUCUUUUUGUGUUAUUUUUCUACGCCUCUAUUGUUGAAGACGAGAUCUAUUUACAUCCAUCUCCAGAGAUAACAUAGUCUGUGUAGCACAAUGUCGAGAAUCGGAUACCCUUACAAAGAUGCCCUCUUGGAGGUCAAGGGCAAGAUUGGUAUCAUCAAGCUCAACCGUCCUUCAUCCCUCAAUGCAUUUGGCGGCAAUUUGUUGGAAGAUCUCACCACCGCCUUCCGCGAAUUGAACGAGCACCCAGACACCGUCUUCACCGUCUUGACUGGCGAAGGUCGAUUCUUUUCUAGUGGUGCCGAUGUCAAAGCAAGUGGUGCAGACAGCAAUAAAACAUGGGCCAGUCCUGCUACGAAGAAAUUGGAUUCCUUCUCCAACUUUGCAAGAAUGAUCGAAGUCCUCCGCUCCAUGAUCGACCAUCGCAAAGUUCUCGUUCUAGCCAUGAACGGCCCCGCCGUCGGUGGUGGUGCAGCAUGGUUUCCCGGUGUCUCCGACAUUGUCCUCGCCGCGCCUAGUGCAUACUUCCAAGUCCCAUUCAGUGCACUUGGUCUGGUGCCCGAAUUCGGUUCCUCCACAAUCUUCAGCCAGUCCAUGGGUGUGCACCGGGCCAACGAAUUUCUCAUGUUCGGCCGUAAACUCACCGCCCAGGAAAUGUUGGACUUUGGCAUCGUCAACCAGAUCUUCCCUCAGGAGUCAUUCCAAGCCGAUGUCAUGAAAUAUCUCGAGGCACAGUUGGAAAUCAAUGACGGAAAGAGUAUGAUGGAGGCAAAGAGACUGCAGAAUCUACCUCUGCGAGAGUCCAGAAUCUAUGCUGUGUAUAAUGCGGCGGAUGCUUUGGCGGAGAGAUUCGUUGAAGAUGCUCCUAAGAAGAGAUUUGAGGAGAAGAAGAAGUUGCUUGAGGCGAGAUCAAAGUCAAAGUUGUAGCUUGUAAGUCGGUGUUUGGACACAUGUCUGGGACUUGAAUCUAGAGACUUGAUAAGCCUGAGACAAAUCAUCACCCCAAGGCACAGUGUUUAUGCUUGUUGAUACCAUGAACACAUUGAAAAUAUAUUCCACCACAAAGCAGACCCAAUACCAACAACGUACCAUUAUCCUAGACCACGUAGACUACAGACUUACGAAUUACAC